ACACACAGUGGAGAGGAGAGGGAGCAAACAAGACACUACCAUGACGCGAUGGCUGCAGGCUGGAAAACAGCCACACUCACACUGAUCGCCUUUGGAAAUCAUGGACAUAGCGGAGGCUGUCCUCAGUUUGAACCCUCUGUGAAUUAAACCAACACCAAGGUCUGUUGCUUUCCCACAGAUGAGACCUAAAGAGGAUUGACUUUUUUUUUCUUUUUAUUUCAAGAGACAUAAUAUCGCUCUGGGAUUAAGACAACACAUGGACGCAGAAGAACAUUUUAAAAGGACGAUUUGUGGGGUUUUCGAAGUCCAUUUUUACCCAACAGGAAUGUAAUGGAAAGAAAGCCUGGCAGAGAAACAAAGAAACUAAAGCUUUGAAAUAAGUGGAUGACUGUACACCUAACAAAAACUGUAGGCCAACAUCUGAUUUUCGAGCACUCCUUUCGAGCAAUUCGAUGUUUGAUCCCUGAGAUUUGACUACAGGCACCAGAAAGGGGUGUGUGUGAAUGUGUAUCCGCUCCUCUUGGCUGCAGAGGCACACAUUUUAAAGCCAUGCCUCUAUUAAACUCCAACGCGUGCCAAGAAUUAUCAUAAGGAGUAUAUCUGAAUGUUUUGUCCCUUCCUCUCAAACACACAAUGGAAUAAAGUGUGAAACAAGGAGUUUACACAAGUGACCAAUAGCAGACUGUACGAGACAUUGUAUCUGAACAUACCGGCCCCCUUCCCCUGGCUACAGUGUGGAAUAAGGGGUGUGUUCGGAGGUUCACCCCCACCAGGCUGCCGCUCGCAGAUGGAGGCCCACCAACACUCCCCAGAUAGCAGCAGUGAGGAGUGCACCGUCCUGGAGGCUCCACCGGACAAGAACGCCUGCCCGCAACAUGCAGGGAAGGUGGCAGACCUGUACUGUACAGACUGUGAGUGUGUGCUGUGUGAGGACUGUAUGUCGGACCAUGAAGAGCACCCUACCAUUCCCCUCAGCCAGGCCCUGGAGCAGCACCGAAGCAGCCUGCAGGAGAGGCUGGGGGCCGUCCAGAACAGACUCCCUCAGAUUUCAGACGCCCUGUCCUUCAUUAAGGAGAUCCUCCAACAGCUGACCAGUCAGAGAGCUUCCAUCGAAGAGGACAUCCAGUCAAGCUUCGAGGAUCUGCAUAAGCAGCUGGAUGUCCGGAAGAGUGUUCUGCUGAUGGAGCUGGAGGUCACGUAUGGACUCAAACAGAAGGUCCUCCAGGCGCAGGUGGACAGUCUCACCCGGGGAGAGGGGGACAUUGUGGCUACCUGUACCCAGUCAGAGGAGGCUCUGGCUGGGGAGGCGUGCGUGGCAAGUCUGCAAGCAGAACGGGAGCUGCAGGAGAAGCUGGGGGAGCUGGCCGGCCUUGGCUUGCCAUGUCAGCCGGAGGAGAAUGACCAGUUGGAUCUGGUGAUGGAGACGGACGGGCUGAGGAAGUCUAUACAUAACCUGGGUACCAUCGUCACGACUAGUGCGGUGGCAAGCCAGAGUGAGGCGAUGGGUGCGGGCCUAGAGCAGUGCAUUGUGGGACAUCCUGCCUCAGUUACCAUAGUGACAAGAGACAAGUCAGGAGGAGCUUGCAAGAGUGGCAAUGCAAUCCUGUCAGCUGAGGUAUUCACCCCCGACGGCAGCAUAGUGGAUGGUGAAAUAGUGGACCACAAGAAUGGGACUUAUGAGUUUGUGUACAUAGUCCCGAAGGAGGGCGACUUCUCAUUGGCUUUACGUCUGUAUGACCAGCACAUCAAAGGAAGUCCCUUCAAACUGACCGUCAACAGGGUCCUAGAGGCAGAAGUAGAGGUGUCUCCCUCCACCACCACAGCAACCAGUUCAGCAGCCUAUGCCACUCCGUCCACGGGCUCCUCUGAGGGGGCAAAGAGAAGAGGGAAAUCCCCCGGGCAGAAGAAAAAGGGCUCCAAGAGAGCCAGCAGUGCCCUGGGCACCCCACGACGCAAAACCCAGAACCCCAUUGAGGAUGACCUCAUCUUCAGGAUUGGUACGAAGGGGAGGAAUAAAGGGGAGUUCACCAACCUUCAAGGAGUUGCUGCCUCCUCCAGCGGCAGGAUUUUGAUUGCUGACAGCAACAAUCAGUGUGUCCAGAUUUUCUCCAACGAGGGGGAAUUCAAGACUCGUUUUGGGGUGCGUGGACGUUCGCCCGGUCAGCUGCAGAGACCCACCGGCGUGGCUGUGCACCCCAGUGGUGAUAUCAUCAUUGCCGACUAUGAUAACAAGUGGGUCAGCAUCUUCUCCUGUGAGGGCAAGUUCAAGGCAAAACUCGGCUCUGGUAGACUUAUGGGUCCAAAGGGCGUCUCCGUGGACCAGAAUGGUCACGUGAUCGUGGUUGACAACAAGGCGUGCACUGUCUUCAUCUUUCAGCUGACUGGCAAGCUUAUCACCAAGUUCGGUAGUCGAGGCAACGGUGACAAGCAAUUUGCAGGUCCACACUUUGCAGCUGUCAACAAGAACAAUGAGAUCAUCGUAACUGACUUCCAUAACCACUCUGUAAAGGUUUUCACCCCUGAGGGGGAGCUGGUGUUGAAAUUUGGCUCCAAUGGUGAGGGAAAUGGCCAGUUCAACGCUCCCACUGGUGUAGCUGUGGAUGUUAAUGGGAACAUCAUUGUUGCUGACUGGGGCAACAGCAGAAUACAGGUGUUUGACGGCAGUGGCUCCUUCCUCUCCUACAUCAACACAUCAGCAGACCCUCUAUAUGGACCCCAAGGUCUGGCUCUGACCUCAGAUGGACAUGUGGUAGUGGCCGACUCUGGCAACCACUGCUUUAAAGUCUACCGCUACCUACAAUGAUGGAGGCUUGGAUGGAGAAAUGAAGUGGAGGCAGGACAGACGGAUAGGGAAAGUAGUUGUUGGAGUCAAAGAAUAUGGUGCACGAUGUCAAACUCUAGGAAUUAUUGCAUGACCCACUGCCUGUAAUGAUGAAAGGAGGGAUGGAGGAUAAAAAUGAAGAGGAGGAAGCAACGAAGAUUAUCUAUUAUUACAUCAUUAGACCUCAAUGAAGUCAAUCUCGUUUUGGCAUUUUUGAUUUCAAUAAAGUAGGAUGGUCAACAAAUUAAACAGUGUAUUGCAGAGAAGGGUUGGACAAACAAGGGGGACUGGACAGAUUCAAGAGUUUGCAGCCCUCAUGCAAAUGUAAGACAUAAUGGGACCAGAGAGACGCAAGGCUGGAUUAAGAACAAUUAUCCAAAGGCUGAUUCAUAAUGUCAAAUUUGAGAAAUCCCUCUUUCUCAGAGUUUGGCAUUAGCAGGAAUAAAAAAAUGGAAAAAACAAGGCUUUAAAUGCAAAAGGAAGAACAAAUAAAAGGUUGCAAAAAAGGAUGACAAGAAUAUCUUUGGAAAACCACUGCUCCCUGAACCCACGAUGAAGUGAAUGAUAGAGAAAGGGAUCACAGAAGAGUGUCAAAGGCAUGAAUGAAUACAUAAAGGAUAGUGUUUUGGACAGAAUGGGAUGGAAGAUGAAAAGUUUUCUGCCUUCUCAUAUUGUAUGUAACUGACAAAAUAAUGGCCAGUGAGCUAAAAGAGGUCUACGUCUUGGUUUGACGUCACAUAUUACUCUAGGUCAUGACCACAUACUUCCCCUACAGAGUUUACAUUUGUACACCAAACAUCAACUCUAACAUUUGUAAGCUAACAUUAGAGGGUGCCCUUGGGUAAAGCAGUUAACUCCAAACUGGUCCAGCAGCAGAAGAUUCUGGUUGCGCUCAGAAACUCCCAGAAGUGAAGGUAUCAAUCACACAUGCCCAGACAAACCUCCUUUGAUUAUACCACUGACUACUCACUCUGUGACGGUCAUAAAAAACAUGAUUAAACUAAGACAUAGGCCAUUUUUAACCUGUUGUCCAUUGUUUGUACAUUAGGAUUGUCUGAAUAUGGAAUGUUUAUUUUGUUUCUUGCCAUAUGCUAGUAUUCUUUACAAGUCUUAGGCAAUAGAUUCAUCAGUAGAAAAUGAUUGCUUGAUUCUUAUUCUGAUUGUCUGAACGAUUGAUUUUCUUUGGUUGAUUGACACGGUGGCUUUGCAGAGCAGCAUUGUUUAUCUAUGCUUGGUUUGAGUGUUUAUAUAUUUUUCCUGAGGAAUCUGUUGCAAGGAGAUAAAGAAAAAGCUCUAUAGAUCUAUCCUAUAUAUUUGUGAGAAUACCUUUAAUAAUAUCAUGUAAAAUGCUCAAAUUCAUGAACAUAUUUGGAAUCAGUAACAUUUUUACACACUCGGUUUUCUGCUCGCUGUCUCUGUAAUGAAAAAAAAAACAAGAGUUCACUGCGGAGGAAAUUCUCUCGAAUGUUUUGAUUCAUUGCUCAUCAUCACCAAGGAUACUCAAAUGCUUUAAGAAGUCCGAGAAGUGCUGUCGGUGGCUUGUACAAUUUCAUGUGUCCCACAUGUCAUCACCCUUAAAACGCCUCAGUGUUCUAGACGCAUGCCUCUGUAUUAUGUGAUUGUUGACAUCAAACGUACCACUGUGCAUUUUAACUGUGAGCUCCCAUUUGAACCCACUCCUAAGAAGAUUUACAGGGAGACAAAAGCAUUUACAAAUGACUUCAUGUAAUAGUUAUAAUUGCAAUACAAAGCAUUUACAUUGAUUAUGAAAUAGGCAGAAACGCAUUUAAGUUAGUUUUAACCUUCAUCAUUAUUGAUACAGAUUUAUGGACUAACAGAUGCUCGUGGUAGAGGAAGUCAAUCAGUCUGUCUGUCAGUAUAUUUAUUGAAGCAGGAAGAAAAUAAACAAUAAUCAAUAACUUAAUUUGUUCACAAGUGAUCAGAUGCUUUCAGAUAAGUUCAUGUAAGUUAUUACUGUUAUUUAUUUAUUUAUUUUAAUCUUUCUAUCUUGCCAUUUGAUUGUUUUCCACCAUGUGCAUUGCAAAUCUUAAGUGCCCAUUAUGUUUCUGUCUGUUAUGUUGAAUCAAAAUAUGAUUGUUGGUAUUUGAUACAUUUUUUAUCGACUGUUUUGAGUGGACAAAUCAGCGUCAGUUCUUCAUUCUUUUCUGUUCUUAACUUCUAUUUUUUUUUGUCAAAUGAAAGUUGUCAUGCUGUGGGGGUAAAAUUUUGCCAGUUAGCAUUGCAUUUAUGAUCGAAACCAAUGGACACAAAGCUAAUAUGUUAGCCGUAGGUAAGAAUAAUGUGAGUAAGCUUAUAAACGAUGAGUUGUCGGGUGUAACUAACUUUAAUUAUAAGCCAACGCAAUAGUUUUUGUUAUUUGUAGCCAUUGGUUUCAUAGCAAAAUGCUAACAAUGCUAGCUGUCUCUUCUUUAAAAAACAAAAAAAAUCAGUGUGAUAAGUGCAUGUUCAAUAAGAAUAAAAGAUUAAAAUUGUCACAGUCCCAAAAGGAGUUCAUGUCCUCAGUCUGUUUGUUAGAAGUACAUUCUCUUUCUUUGUUUAAUGCACAAUAGAGCUGCCAAAUUUCCAAUUUUGCUCAUCAACGGUGAGUUGGGAGACGUUUGGGAUUUUUUUUAGCACUAUUGAUUGUUUUUAACAAAAAUCAGGUUGUGUUUCUUGAAGUAAUCUGGGCCUGAGAUUCAGCCUUAAUGUCAAUAAUACAUAUGAAUGUUGUCUCGAAGUUGAUAUGAUGGAAUUGCCUUCUCAGUAAACUUGAUUUGAAAUGUAUCGCAAACGUAAGUAAGAGUUAGCUAAUAACCAUUUCAAACAAAUAGCUCAUUUGUAGACUACAAAUCCAUUCGAGGGAAUUCAGAGUCUUACAAGAAAUCAACAACAGAAAAAUGUAAUUUGUCAUCACAAAUAUUUACACAUGUAGUUCGGGUGUAUAUCAUUCUUUUCCUCAAAUGGAUAUGUGGUGUUUUUGAAACACAGCUCUUAAAGUACUGAUCGGUUUCUUACAGUGUCACUUGCCUGCUCUUUCUCUCUCUCUGUAUUUACUAUCUGUCAUGUCUGUUCACUGGUAUGGACUGUCUCUUUAAUAGUCAUACAACACUCAACACUGAAAUAAAGCAUUGAUUCCUAAAUGGCA